GGCCCGUCCCUUCGUCCAUCCCCGUCCUUGCCGGGCGAGAGCCGCCCCACGGGGGCGAACUAUUGUCCGAGGGGAGAUAUGUGUCUGGACCGGUCGCGGGAAGAAAGACGGCGGCGCCGAUUCCGCUCGAUUCGCAACCGGCGAACCGUUGACAAGCGAUAAAGAGUACCACGCGUCGCUCCCACGUGCCUUCCACGAGUUUGCAGCAGCGAAAGUGAGAACUCACCGGGACAAAGUUAAUGAAGUCUCCGACGGAAUUUCUCGAGGAUUGUCUUUCGCGUAAACAUUCGCAAACAGAAGAUAACGUAUCAAAUCAAAGAAGUAACAGGAGAUAAUCUUUCUACUGGAGUAUAAAAAAAAUAUCGAGGAAAAUCUAAAAGGUGGAUAUAUAUUAUCGGAUUUCGAUCGAUGCUCUUGAUCGCGACAUGUCGCAGGAGAUUCUACCCCGUCGAGAAGCACCCUCGAUCGAGACGAACGACGAUCGCAGCUCAAAGAAAAGUACUCGUGCUCAGCGUCGAUGGCGCAUCCUUGCCAGGGCACUGACAGGUUCGCCGGAGCCGAUCGGCAGCGAGUCCGACGAGGAGGUGUCGGUGAGGCGGUUCACCAGCUUCGGUCUGCUGGAAUGCGCGCCGUUGGUGAACGCACCAGCGGACGGCGAGUCCAGAUGGUGCGAGUACUCGGCCCGUCUGGACGGCCGGUCGUACAACGUGCAGAUACGUCGAAUAAGCAAGUGCUUCACCGCGAGCGAGCUGAUCGGCUUCAAUAACACCGGCAACGUGUGCGUCUGGCCGUCUGAGGAGUGUCUGGCCUACUACCUGCUGAGGAACCGCGGUCUCUGCCGGAACCGUAGCGUCCUCGAACUCGGCGGCGGGAUGAGCUGUCUAGCCGGCGUCCUUAUCGCCAAGUAUUGCAAUCCCAGUGCCGUGACGCUCACGGACGGCAACGUGACCAGCGUUGACAACGUGCGCUGCAUCGUCACCAGGAAUGACAUGACGCAUCUGGUAGAAUGCGGCGUCGUGCAGUGGGCCCGGGCCGCCAGGGCCCUCAGACAGGCGGCGGUCAAUGGCAACCGCGUUAAGACGCGGACGAUCAUCGGCGACGAGGACGAGCGACUGCCUUCGGGUUUUUACGACGUGAUUCUGAGCGCAGACUGUCUUUUCUUCGACGACGCCCGAUUGGAUUUGGUGGAGACGAUCUACGGCUGGCUGGCCGACGACGGGGUCGCCCUAGUGAUGGCACCCAGACGCGGCACGACAUUCCAGAUGUUUGCCGAGGCGUCGAUCAAACGCGGUUUCAUAGCACGACAGACGGAACUGUACGACGAUACGGUGUGGUCGCGGCAUCUGGAGCUGCUGCAAAACAAUUCGGAAUACUGCCCGGAUCUGCACUAUCCGGUGUUAUUAGAGCUCACGAAGCAGAAGAAGACGCCGCCCGGAUGAUCGAGCUCGAUCGACGAUGACGAGGACAACCAGCCGGACGGGAGUCUCGGCGAGGAAUGAAAAUGCGUUCGUUAACAUGUUUUUUGAUACGGACCGUUGAUACGGACCUUGUUCGCGCACAUAGAGUUAAGUGAAAAGAUUGAAUAUAUCGCGUGAAGGAAGAACACAUAUAAUAAAAUAUAAAGGUGCAUAUAAGACUGCCUCUAUGUCGUCCGACAAUGUCAAGGCCGGUUUUUUAUUAGUCAUCUGAUGAAACGUUUAGUGCUCGCAUGCACUUACGGAUCGAUCUUCUGCUGGUACGCAUCGUUCCGCAUCGUCGCCGUUAUCGGGAAAGUUCUGUAAGGAAGACUUUCCGUGCGAGAAUCAAGCUUGAACCGAUGCCCGACCUACCCCUCGUUAAUUAACCCCUGAGUGUUUACGGUAGAUAUCUGAUAUUUUAUGGAUAAAUGCGUAUAUAGAUGGAAGUACAAAUAUAUCGAAAUUGUAUUUGUGCUUUUAAAACAUCGGUUUAUUUAUUUGCACUCAAUUGCACAUAGUUAUUUCAACAGAGAUAUUUAUUUUUAUUCAGAGCGUGUGUGUUUUAUAGCGCGGAGAUAAAUGAUACGCCGUGUGAUAUAUAUAUAUAACGAACUAUAAUCCUUCGCUUUAAAUUAAUCCAAAAUAUUGCGAGAGGCCCGCAGAUAUUAUUUUCAUAGCGGGUGAUACUUUUGGUAUCAAUUUACAUGCAAUAUAUAUUUGGAAAUAAAAAACGAAUGCCAAUGGCAAGUCGAAAUUUUCAAAUAAUUGAACAUUCUUUAAUGGGGCAGAAAAAAAAUUCAUAUUUACGAUUAUAUCUUUAAAAUAUAUUUAUAUCGUAGCAUACAUCGGGCGAUGAAGAUUAUAUUAUAGAAUAGAGCCAGAAAUUGGUCGAAGAUUAAAUAAUAUUCAGGGAUAUUAAAUCGGCAACAUAUAUUAAUCUUCUAAUAAUAAGAUAUAUUUAUAAUUCACAAAUAUUUCAAAAUAGAUCAUACUGUUUAUUAUAUCUUAUAUAAUAUUCUUCAUCCGGGGUUGAGAUGCGACUCUUAAUAGGGAGACUCUUUUUAGACGUACCUGAUUUUAUAUCGAAUUGAGAAUAGAAACAUCGGAAAGACGAUUGAUGUCAUUUAUAAUACGACAAUGCGAUAUCGGCAAUUUCAUCAAUCAUUGAUUAAGAUUUCAAUUCUAAAUAAAUGGUUCGAGAUACUUCUCGAGUUCCUCAUUCUUUGCAGUUGACAGGACCAAUCGUGUGAGAUCGAAGUGUUUAGAUACAACUGAAGUAUAAUUGAUAGAUUGUAUUGUUUCCACAGUGUAUUCUAUUAAUUGCGUCAAAAGACAUUUCCGUAUUCUUGGAUAAAGAGAGAGAAAAAAAAGUAUCAAUAUUAUCAAUUAAGAAUUAACGCUAUUUGGGUCCAAAAAUAAAGCGAAGCCGGGCAGAAGCAGAAUAUUAACGAUUGCCAAUUCAGCGAUAUAGACGCUGGAUCCAAACGUAAAUAAAAUAUUAGUUGUUACGCUUGUUACUGUAGGCACAGAUAUAGAUCGUUAUAAUCGAAACAAAUGUAAUCGCAGGAUAAUUUUAAGGAGACUUGUAAAAGAGCGAUUCUCUUACAGAGGUCGAUUUUGUCUUGGUUACAUUGUAUAUUAUGUGUGUGAUGGUUUAUUUAUUUAUUUAUUAAGAAAUUCUCUCGUAUGUGUGUGUAUAACUUUGUGACAAAAUAAUUCUCAAGUAUUUCUUAAGUAUAUCCCGCGUUCCAAGAAAAAAAAGAAAGAAAAAGAAAAAAAAUAUUUUACCUCAAAGGACCAAUCUAUACGUAUACAUAGUUAAAAAUCUAGUCAACAGAAUUGCCAAACUCCCACUCAUACGUACCUCCUUACAUGGUUUUAGUGUCCAUAAAAUCUCUCUCUACUCGUGUAAAAAAGGAAUUGUAAUUAAGUAAUAGGAGCAAUUAAAUUAUUACAUUACGGAAUAAAAAACUAAUUUCAUCAAAAAAUCGAUCAUGUUUUUUUUCUAACGUCCGAUCGUCUUUUUCCAGCAAUCUUCCAGAGAUCAAAAUUGCUAUAAUUGCUAGUCGAUAUUUUUCCGAUGUUGUUAAUCCACGUAGCUAGAUGGGGAAUUUAUGGAAUCUUCGUAGCUCGCGAGAGAGCCAUUUGUGUACAUGUGCGUAUAAAAGAAUCUUCCUAGUAAUAAAUUAUUUUCACAUAA